AUGAAGCCUUCUGUGCUGCGUUUGUCACUGCUUGUUCUUGUUCCUCUGCUUCUCUCCCUCUUCUUUUUAGCACUCAUGCCUAAGGAAACCGCCAUGAGUACCUACGAGGUGUUUGGAGUGAAGAUAGAGAAGAACCCACCUCAGUCUAAACUCACUGAACUUGGAGUCUCAACUUGGAACAAGUGGGAAGGUGGUCCAACCAAAAUUCCAUGGUCCUUUAAAGAAGAAGAGACUAUGUAUCUGCUGGAAGGAAAAGUGAGGGUUACUGUUGAAGGGUCUGUAGGUUCUUUUGAAAUUGGGGGUGGUGAUUUAGUUGUCUUCCCAAAAGGAAUGAACAUUACCUGGGAAGUUAUUGAAGCUGUGAAGAAGCACUACAGCUUGAAAGAAUAA